AUGUCGUCCGCAGCCAGUGCCUUCCGCAUUUCGCGGCCUCUGUUCAGCCAGAAGUUCGCCGCCCAGUCCCGCAAUGCCUUCACCCGCACCACCGGCUUCCGCGCACAGUUCCGCCAGCAGACCGGCCGCCGAUUCCAGAGCACAGCCGCCGGCGCCGAGACGACGCAGCAGAUCAGCUGGUUCAAACGCAUGUGGGACAGCCCCAUCGGACUCAAGACGGUGCACUUCUGGGCACCCGUCAUGAAGUGGGCCCUCGUCAUCGCCGGCAUCGCCGACUUCGCCCGCCCGGCGGAGAAGCUCUCCCUGACGCAGAACGCCGCCCUGACGGCCACCGGCACCAUCUGGACGCGGUGGUGCCUGAUCAUCAAGCCCAAGAACUACCUGCUGGCCGCCGUCAACUUCUUCCUCGCCGGCGUCGGCAUCGUCCAGUGCACCCGCAUCCUGCUGUGGCAGCAGUCGCAGAAGAACAGCCUGCCCGCCGUCGCCGCGGACAUCAAGGAGGACGUCAAGGAGGCCGUCAAGGCAUAG